UUAGCCCGCGCCACGGCCACCGCGACGGUGGGCCCAGCUGCUGCGCCCUCACAAGCCCGCAACAUGGCCACCCUCCGUGAAAUCGAGCUGCGCCUCAAGUCCGUCAGGAACAUUGAGAAAAUCACAAAGUCCAUGAAGAUGAUCGCUUCUACCAAGCUCGCAAAAGCCCAGAGGGCUAUGCAAGCGGGUAAAGCGUAUGGACUUGCCAACUCUGAGGUCUUCGCAAACGUCCCAUCAGACAAACCAACCCCCAACAAACUCUUCGUCGUCAUCUCUUCCGACAAAGGUCUCUGCGGCGGUAUCCACUCCUCCGUCUCAAAAGCCACCCGCCGCGCAUUAGCCAACGCCCCCGACUCCCCACUCGUCUCCCUCCCAGCCGAAGACGCCACCGCCGACCCCUCUUCCCCCAUCAUGGUCGUCGGGGACAAAUCCAAGGGGCAGCUCAUGCGCAACUACGGCGAAAACUUUCAGUUGACGUUUAACCAGAUUGGGAGGGACAUUCCGACGUUUGCGGACGCUGCUGCUGUGGCGGAUAUGAUUGUGCAGAGUGGGGUCAAGUAUGAUUCGAUUGUGGUUGUUUAUAAUAAGUUUGUGUCGGCUAUUUCGUAUGAGAGUGCGGUUUAUGAGGUGAAGGGAGAGGAGGCGCUUAGGGAGAGCAACGCGUUCAAGGUGUACGAAAACGAAGACAACGCCACUCGGGACCUGGCAGAGUUCUCACUCGCCAACGCGCUCUACGCUGCACUCGUCGAGGGACACGCAUGCGAACAGAGUGCCCGCCGAAACGCUAUGGAUAACGCGUCCAAGAAUGCAGGCGAAAUGAUUGGGACCCUGCAGAUGCAGUACAACCGUGGCCGCCAAGCUGCCAUUACGAAUGAGCUGGUGGAUAUCAUUACUGGUGCCAGCGCUCUGUAAGCGACGAGCAUACAUACGAUACAAAAAAAUCAGUAGAUACCACCAUCAUCAGCGCUUGUUCUUGUCAACGCUUUUACAGACUUAACAAGAUUGCUUGCUUAGAACUGCC